CGACCGACAACAGCUGAGCGAGCGGCAGUGAAAGCGCAGAGCACAGAAAGUGUACAGCUGUCUGUCAGCUCCCACACUUCAGCUGUGUCCCAGACCGUACCCAACGUGUAGCAAACAUCAUGUCGUUCAUUCUUAUGAAGAAGAAGAGAUUUAAAUUCAGAGUAGACUUCGACUUGGAGGAACUGUCAUCGGUUCCCUUCGUAAACGGAGUUUUAUUCUGUAAAGUUAGACUCUUAGAUGGAGGCUUUGCAGAAGAGUCGACUCGGGAGCCAGUCCAAGCCAACUGUGUAUAUUGGAAGAAGAGAUUCUCUUUCAUGUGUAAGAUGAGCGCCAAUGCUGGAACAGGUGUACUGGACCCCUGUGUGUGCCGAGUGUCUGUGCGCAAGGAGUUGAAGGGUGGAAAAACUUUUGCAAAGCUGGGCUUUGCUGACUUGAAUCUGUCAGAGUUUGCUGGGUCUGGCAGCACUACACGACGGUGUCUUCUAGAGGGUUAUGACACAAAGCACACCAGACAGGACAACUCAAUUCUCAAGGUUGUCAUUACCACACAACUCAUGUCUGGAGACCCCUGUUUUAAAACUCCUCCAUCUACAGCUAUGACUGUGGGUAUCCCACAGGCUGAAGCAGAGUGUCUCCUUGAGGACAGAAAAGGAGGGGACAUGUACAUAUCCCGUUUACUCAUUGAGACUCCAAGGAAAUCAGCAUCAGUCCCAGAGGAGCUGGUAUUGUAUGGUCACUCUAGAACAUCCAGCUAUGCAAGUCAGCAAUCAAAAAUCUCAGGUUAUAGCUCAAAUCACUCCAGUUUAACAGAUCUGAGCCAUCGGAGGAGCGCAUCAGGAGGUUCGGCUUCCACAGGCAUUGGCAGCAUCCUGGAACCCAGUGAUCAGCAGGUAGAGAGAGGAGAGAGGGAGAACAGAUCCACUCCACCAGUCUCUGCAACCUGUCAUCAUGCACCUGAACACCCCUCCACCCCCGUCAGGCUUCUAAGGCACCCUGUAAAGCAGAACUCAAUGGAGAAUCAGUUGAAAAGAGUCGAUGCCACCAGGGUGGAUGCUGAUGACAUAAUAGAGAAAAUCCUGCAGAGCCAGGAUUUCAGCCAUGGCUUCUUGGACUCCAGUGCAGAGGAGGAAGGGCUCAGCUUGUUUGUUGGUCCUGGUGGGAGCACAGCCUUGGGAAGCCAACACACGAGGGUCGCAGCUGGAGCCUUUGAGCAGGUGGUGAUCAAGCGCUAGGAUUUGGGAAGCAUGUGCCUGCCAUAAAGGGUGCCGUAUUACACUGAUGCGGGGGGACGCAAGUAUUAGUAGUGGUGGUGCCAUAAGAACUUGCUCCUGCCUCACUCCAGAAGAUUUAAUUUCUCUUAUGCAAUCCUCUGCAUCUGACCUACAGCUUCUGUUGACCAGGAGAGCCCUCUAGUGUUCAAGAAGUGGAGUUGAAGGCCACAUUAUUAGAACAUUAUGAUGACUGAAAUAACUGGUGUACUGACAUAUUUCCAUUGGUCUUGUGUUCAAUGAAAAUGUGAGAUAACAGAUUAGUACUGUGUUUCUUCUGUACACCCCUCUUUGUAAGGGAAUGGUUAAGUUUUUUCCCUGCUACUUAAAAAUGUACAUUAAGGUAUCAAACGUGUUUUUAUUUGACUGUAAUUUUUAUUUUGGUUCACCAUUAACUAUAUAAGAGUGGGUUGUGAGUGUGAGUUAUUGCAGCUGACAGGUUCAAAAGUGUUUCUCUUAAACUAGACUGGAGACAUAACGUUAUAAAUAAGAGGAGUAUGAGAGAUAGCUAUUAGUCUUCUCUCUCUGUGAUAAUUCAUAUGUCUAUAGUAAUAGAAAAAGAAUUGUGGAAUUUGUGGACAGUGGCCACAGCACCAUUAUGUGUCAGUAGCCCAGGUCCUUCACAGAUAAACACCUCUGUUCACCUGGUUGUGAGGGAGGAUGACUGCAUUUAAAUUACCAUGAAGUUUUUUAUGUUUGUUCCUUUGUAUUAUGUGUAUUGUGCGUGCAUGUGUUGUCUGUAGAGUCAAAAGAAAUGAAAUUAUUUUUCCACCGUGUUUGUAAAUGUGCCAGACUUAGUAAACUAUAUAUUAUAUAUGUCACUUAAGAUGUCAUAACUGCAGUAUGUAAGCUAUGGUCCAUGUAAUGAAAGUCAGCUGUGCAAGGCCCAUGAUGUUUUUAAGAUAUUGAAUGUUGAUGGUUUAUUUAAGGCCAAAUCUGUAAAUUAAAAAAAAAAACAUGUGCACUCUAGAUAUAGAUAACUCCAACCACCUUUUGUGCUUCACUAGUCCUGUUUCAAAAGGGGAAUUGAGGAUUGUUUUAGAUGGUGAUAAAAUGAAAGUGGAAAAAAGACUUUAAAAAACAAACAACUAUUAAAUUUUCUAUUCCAGUUAAUCGGGGCAUAAUUAAAUGUUAAAAAGAAAAUGGAAUUUCAAGCAUCAAUUUAAAAGCAGAAAGAGGAGUUCAAACUAGAAAGACGCACACUGAAAGAACAUUGACAAGUUCAACAAAAUUAUUUCCGGUUGAGACAAAACACAUUUCAAUGUAAACAUCUACCGAGUAUAUGGAUAGGAAAAGAAAAAAGAGCACGUUUUGAAUUAAUCCUUACAUAAAUGUAUUAUAUAUACACUUUAUAUUACAGAAACCUCAGGUAUAUUUAUUUGGGCAGUCAAAUAAAAUUUAUUUUGGUGUGUG